GGUAUAAUAACAUUCUGAUUUGUAUUUACAGCAACGAACAUUAGUAAUACAUAUAUUGUUAUUAAGUACAUAGCAACUGUUACAUGAUAAUGAAUGAAAAUAGUGCGCCUGAAAUGAUUGAAAAUGAAGAUCCAAAUAUUGCUAAAUCAAUGGAAAGUCUAUUGGAUUUGAUUAAAAAUUCCGAUACAAAAAUUUCCACAGAUGAAAAUUACCUAAUGAGAUAUUUAUACGGAACCGAUUUUAAUGUAGAUGAAGCCUUCAAAAAGGUAAAAGCUUCAGCCGAACAUAUUCGAGAAUGUCCAGAGUGGUAUCGUAAAGAUGGUCCACUAACUAUAAAAAAGAUAAUAGAUGAAGGCCCUAGAGUAAUUUUGCCUGAUUGUGAUAAGGAAGGAAGGCCGAUAUUUUUAUUGAGAAAUGGAAAAAUAAAUCCAUGCACGAUGCCCUUAUAUGAUCUACUAGCUGUUGAUGAUGUUUGGUUGGAGUCAAUGUUAUCCAAAAAUCCGGAACUAGCUGGAAAGGGUCUAUGUGUUAUUAUGGAUAUUAAAGAUCAGAAUUGGAGGCUUAGUAAGUGGAUGCAGCCAAACAAUGUCCGACAAUCAAUGAAGAAAAUAGAGAAUUUACCUUUUAAAGAUUACAAAAUUCACGUUGUCAAUAAUUCUUGGUGGAUAAGUCUUGCUAUUAAGAUGGUUUGGCCUUUUUUACCUCAGAGGUAUAAAGACAUGAUAAAAUUCCACUUCAACAAUAUGGAGAGCUUUUACGAAUACAUAGAUCCAAAAGUUUUACCGCCAGAAUACGGAGGAACGAAGGAAAUGACAUAUUCGGAGAUAUUCGAGCAACUUUAUGCUAGAAACGACGAGAUAUUUAAAAGCUAUGAAUCGUACAGAUUUUUUAAAGAGUAAUAUUUUAUAAUAAUUAUUAAAUAAGCAUUUGUUUGUGAUACCAGUUUAAUUUUAUUCAUAUUAGAAUUAAGAUAAUAUUUUUAAUAUAUAAGGAAUUAGUAAAUUUUUGUAAGAGGAUAUAAUGUUAUAAUUAUAUUUUUACUUGAUGUAUGUUAA